CAGGGGACAUUGAAAAAAAAUCAUGCUAAAUUUUUUCAUUCCGUGACGUUGAAUGAGAUACGGAUGAUAUAAAAUGGGAAACAUAUUUGGGUCAAUUUUAUCUUUAUAACACUUAAUACACAAAUUAAUACCAUGUCUGACAACAAGAACGAGAAUAUCGAUACUAUGACCCAUCCCUCCUGCUACAGAGAUGCCAUGAACGGCAAGGUUAACCAAAAACUCACGGGUGUCAAUGUUGAACAAACGAAGAAGAGUCAAGAAUCCAAUGAAAAUGAUUGGGACUUAUACCCUCAAAUGAUCCGCAAGGUCGAAAACGAAGGCUCUGCUAAACAAGUUGAACAUCUUCACGAAUUGGAACAUUCACCCAGUAGAUAAAAUUAAACAAAAUAUCAAUAGUAAUAACUCCCUUAUUCU